GAAGCCUGUUGUGCAAAGGUCAAGGUAUGGCAUUUCUGAAGAUGCUUUUGCCAUGGAGCCAUCGGGAUAACACCUGUCAACUCAACUGGGUGCUAAACCCCCUGUGAGGACAAUGUGACAUGGCAAGAGGUGCUCUCGCUAUGGCUACAUGGAAGGAGCCAAAUGCCCUGGAUGUGCCCGGCUACUGCUGUUCCCCGCUGUGCCCAAUUGAUAAAUACCUUUACGCCAUGCGGCUCUCCGACGAAACGCUGAUCGACAUUAUGGCUCGCUUCAGGAGGGAGAUGAAGAACGGCCUCUCCCGAGACUUUAACCCCACGGCUACAGUGAAAAUGCUUCCGACCUUCGUGAGGUCCAUUCCUGACGGCUCAGAGAAAGGAGAUUUCAUUGCUCUGGAUCUUGGCGGUUCUUACUUUCGCAUUCUGCGGGUGAAAGUGUCGCAUGAAAAAAAGCAGACGGUGCAAAUGGAAAGCGAAAUCUAUAACACGCCUGAAGAUAUCAUGCACGGCAGCGGGACACGGCUUUUUGAUCACGUUGCUGAAUGCCUGGGAGACUUUAUGGAGAAACAACAAAUCAAAGACAAGAAGUUACCUGUUGGGUUUACGUUCUCUUUCCCGUGCCGACAAUCCAAGCUAGAUGAGGGUGUUCUGAUAACCUGGACGAAGCGCUUCAAAGCAAGUGGAGUGGAGGGAGCAGACGUCGUGAAGCUGCUUAACAAGGCCAUCAAGAAACGUGGGGACUACGAUGCAGACAUCAUGGCUGUUGUGAACGACACCGUCGGGACGAUGAUGACCUGUGGCUUCGAUGACCAGCGUUGUGAAGUUGGCUUGAUCAUUGGCACUGGCACCAACGCCUGUUACAUGGAGGAGAUGCGGCACAUAGACCUGGUGGAGGGGGACGAGGGCAGGAUGUGCAUUAACACAGAGUGGGGGGCCUUCGGAGAUGACGGUUCACUCGAAGACAUCAGGACUGAGUUCGACAGAGAGAUCGACCGUGGAUCCCUAAAUCCUGGGAAGCAGCUGUUUGAGAAGAUGGUCAGCGGGCUGUACAUGGGGGAGCUGGUGAGGCUCAUCCUGGUGAAGAUGGCCAAGGAGGGGCUGCUCUUUGAAGGGAGAAUCACCCCUGAGCUUCUCACCAAAGGGAAGUUUGAGACAAAGCAUGUUUCUGCCAUAGAAAAGAGCAAAGAAGGUUUGAACAAAGCCAAAGAAAUCUUAACCCGCCUGGGGGUGGAGCCGUCCCACGAGGACUGCGUGGCGGUCCAGCACGUCUGCACCAUCGUGUCCUUCCGCUCGGCCAACCUGGUGGCCUCCACGCUGGGCGCCAUCCUCAACCAGCUGCGGGACAACAAGGGGGUCGGCCGCCUCCGCACCACCGUGGGGGUCGAUGGCUCCCUCUACAAGAUGCAUCCCCAGUAUGCUCGGCGCUUGCACAAAACCACCCGGCGCCUGGUGCCUGACUCGGACGUGCGGUUCCUGCUGUCGGAGAGCGGCAGCGGGAAGGGGGCGGCGAUGGUGACGGCGGUGGCGUACCGGCUGUCGGAGCAGCACCGGCUCAUCGACGAGACGCUGGCUGAGUUCAAGCUCACCCACGAGCAGCUGCUGCAGGUGAAGAAGAGGAUGAGGACGGAGAUGGAAGCAGGCCUGAAGAAGAAGAGUCACGAGACUGCCAAAGUGAAAAUGCUGCCCACCUUUGUCCGCAGCACGCCGGAUGGGACAGAGAACGGUGACUUUCUGGCACUUGACCUUGGAGGGACAAACUUUAGAGUUUUGCUGGUGAAAAUUCGCAGUGGUAAAAGGAGAACAGUUGAAAUGCACAACAAGAUCUAUGCAAUUCCUAUAGAGGUGAUGCAGGGAACGGGAGAAGAGCUGUUUGAUCACAUCGUUACCUGCAUUUCUGACUUCCUGGAUUAUAUGGGAAUAAAAGGUGCACGGCUUCCUCUCGGCUUCACGUUUUCCUUCCCUUGCAAGCAGACCAGUCUAGAUGCUGGUAUCCUUCUCAACUGGACAAAAGGUUUCAAGGCUACAGACUGUGAGGGAGAAGAUGUGGUGUACUUACUUAGAGAAGGAAUUAAAAGAAGAGAGGAGUUUGACUUGGAUGUGGUGGCUGUGGUGAACGAUACGGUGGGCACGAUGAUGACUUGUGCUUAUGAAGACCCAAACUGUGAAAUUGGACUCAUUGUGGGAACUGGCAGCAAUGCCUGUUACAUGGAAGAGAUGAGAAACAUAGAGAUGGUGGAUGGUGAGCAAGGACGGAUGUGUGUGAACAUGGAGUGGGGAGCGUUCGGGGAUAAUGGAUGCCUGGACGAUAUCAGGACAAUAUACGACAAAGCGGUUGAUGACUUUUCACUAAAUGCUGGAAAGCAAAGGUACGAGAAAAUGAUCAGUGGGAUGUACCUGGGGGAAAUUGUCCGCAAUAUUUUGAUCGACUUCACCAAGCGGGGGUUCCUGUUCAGAGGCCAGAUUUCAGAGACGUUGAAGACCAGGCAUAUCUUUGAAACCAAGUUCCUUUCACAGAUCGAGAGCGACAGGUUAGCUUUGCUUCAGGUGCGAACCAUCCUCCAGCAGCUGGGGCUCAACAGCACCUGCGACGACAGUAUCAUCGUCAAGACCGUGUGUGGAGCAGUGUCGAAGCGAGCGGCUCAGUUGUGCGGGGCUGGCAUGGCUGCAGUAGUAGAUAAAAUUCGGGAGAACAGAGGAUUAGAGCACCUGGAGAUUACGGUUGGUGUGGAUGGGACUCUCUACAAGCUACACCCACACUUUUCGAGGAUUAUGCACCAAACAGUCAAAGACCUGGCGCCCAAGUGCGAUGUGACCUUCCUGCUUUCGGAAGACGGCAGUGGGAAAGGGGCAGCGCUCAUCACGGCGGUGGGAUGCAGGCUUCGUGAUGCCGAGCAGAACUGA